AUGGGCAUUUGUUUCGCUAAAACUAAGAAAGAUAAGCCAUCAAAUCUGAUACGUCUAAUAAAAAUAGAAAAUGAAAAUACAGUCCCCAAACCUUUCACUUUGGCUGAAUUUUAAACCAAGAUAUUAACCACUUGGUACAGAAUGGACAUUUUACUAAGCUCAUUGGUCACUUGUGAUAGAACACUUCAGAUUAUAUUGUUACAAAAAGCCAUUAAUCAGAUUUUAAUGGGUUAAAGUCCAAAUCAUUAAAUGAAUGAUGUCAUAAUUGGCAUAUUAUUGGAGCUAAUGGAGAAACUAGCCUUUCAGAUUGAAGAAUUAAUAAGAGAAGAGCUUCUAUCAGAAGAAGUCAGUACAAAGUUCUAUCAAUCUUACACUUAGAUUGCAUAACUUUCUAUGGAAUACUCAAACUGGAAAAAUAAUUCCACUACUGAGAAAACUCAAGCUUGGAGUUUUAUUUGA